UUCAACUUGGGAUAAUUAACAAAUUUGCAUUUUGUUUGUACAACAAAUUUGAAAGGCAAACUUAGAAUCGAAUACUACACGUCCUCAAGACGUGAGAUGCAGGGCGACAAUGUGGAAGAAUUCCCCAAAAAAUCCGAAGAGAAAAGCAGAAGGUUUCCGGGGGGUUUGCCUCGGCUUCUGCAAAAUGUGCAAGAUGCCACGAGUGAAAUGCUUAGGCGUAAUAAAAAGACGUUGAAGGCUUGCACGUACGUCAUCUUGAAUGUCGCACUCGUGGGCUACUUUGCCUGGGCGACCUACUACUUCGUUGAAUUCUCAAAUGAUACUCUGGCGAGCACGACCUGCACAGGUUACGGUUUUCUUAUGAUCAUCUUCGUCCUCGUUUACUUUGGUGUCGCAUACUCUCUGAUUAUAAAACCGGUCAUCAAGCGAAUAGACACCGGAAGGAUUUCAAAUUUCUUCUCAAAUCGAACCGCAAGGAUAACCACCCACGUGGCUAUUGCCGUAGCCAUCGGAGUAUAUCUGGCCAUCGAUACCAGUGAUAACCGCCAAAGGUUAGUGCCACUAUCUGGACUCUUCGUCUUCCUGCUGUUCGGUUUUCUGUUCAGUAAACACCCAGAACACAUCAAGUGGAGGCCAGUCGUCUGGGGUCUGAUCAUACAGUUUGUUUUGGGUCUGCUCACCAUCAGAUGGGAUGUUGGCAGAAAUAUCUUCGACUGUUUGGGAAAUAAAACAAUAAAGUUUUUGGGGUACGCUGCUCCUGGUUCUGCGUUCGUCUACGGAGAUUUUUUGAUUUAUGAAGAGGCGGUGUUUGUCUUCCGUGCACUGUCCACGAUAUUCUUUCUUGGUUUUAUGAUUAACAUUUUGUACCACUACGGGAUCAUGCAGAAGAUCGUGGUCAGUUUGGGCGAACUUCUGCAAGCGGUUAUGGGUACCACGAUCUGCGAGAGCGUUAACAGCGUGGCAAAUAUUUUCUUGGGCAUGAAUGACUCACCCUUGCUCCUGAAACCGUACCUCGAAGAGCUGACCGUUUCGGAAAUUCACGCCGUGAUGACAAGCGGAUUUGCUUCAGUGGCAGGCAGCCUCCUCGCAGGUUACAUAUCCUUCGGGGCAGAAGCCUCACAUUUAAUCACUGCGAGCGUGAUGUCCGCCCCUGCUGCGCUGUGCUACAGCAAGCUCAUCUACCCCGAAACCGAAGAGGUCACGGCGACGAAAGAGACCAUCCAGCUACUCAAGUCAGAAUACGCCUCGGCUUUGGACGCUGCGUGCAAUGGGGCGGCGAUUGCAAUCGAGAUAGUCUUACGAGUGGCCGCGAUCCUCAUCGCGUUUAUUUCCGCAAUCCACUUCCUAAACGGCGUCCUCUCUUGGAUGGGCAUUUUGAUUGGGUUCGACGGUGGUAGCACUUGGACGCUCGAAACCGCUGUCGGGUACGUAUUCAUGCCAGUUAGCUUUAUCAUGGGCGUACCUUGGGACGAAUGCCAAUUGGUCGGCAGGUUGAUCGGGAUUAAAACGAUGGUCAACGAGUUUUCGGCUUUUAAAGAGAUGGGCCAGAUGAUUUUGAGGAAGCGCACCAAGAUGAUAGCCACUUACGCCAUCUGUGGAUUUUCUAAUCCGGGAUCGAUUGGGAUCACAAUUUCCGCACUUUCCGUGUUGAUUCCUAAGAAGAGGAGUACCAUAACGUCGACAGUGUUUAGCGCCUUCGUUGCCGGAGAAAUAACUUGCUUUAUGUCCGCGUGUAUCGCGGCAUUAUUGAUACCUGAUCAUUUACUUUGAGGGUUAUAGUUUGAUCUCAUUAUGUAGUACUUUACUAAAAUACUCUUGACUCGAUUAUUUCGUCGUCAGAUUCUUCUGAACUGUCUAUCCUCUCUAAUGGUUGUCCAAGUUAAUGGGAAUAACAUAUAUGGGAUAACUUUCAGUUUCAGCUGAAAUGCCGCGCUCGACUUCCAUCGGUUCGCCUUGUAGGUUCAGCGAAGAAUCUCUCUCUCCCACCCAAUUUUUCCUAAUGUAGCCGCCGAGUCAAUAAACCGACACGGACUCAACGCAAACCAAGCGUAGGCCAUUUCCAUCUCUCAUGCUACGUAAGAACGAUCUUCAGAACCGGCAACACUGUGGCGGUUUGACUCUUGUCUGCUUGCACACUCGCUUCUUAUCUGAGACCGCUUCAUUAUAUCGCAUUUUAAUUCCGUUCUCUUUCACUAUGUAUAGCGGUAAAUUCAAAACUUUUUCUAAGCCUAAGGCGACCACGUGUUACAGUGCUUUCCAAAAUAUUUUCUUGGAAAUUUUUAGGGAUUUUCAAGAGCUCUAUAACGCAAAACUCUAAACACCGGGGAGGGAGCUAAAGCGUUAUGUGCCGUUUUAUUUCAAUGUGGUGGUCAUACAUUAAUCAUAAUACGAGGCAUAAAGACAACAUUCGAACGCAAUACUGCAGACUAACCAAAUCGCAAAACCACCAUUCGUAUCAGGCACAAAAAUUUUUUAAUAUGCUCCCAAGGCAUAUUCAAAAUCUUGACAAAGUGCAAAUCAAAAAAAUUCUUAAAAGACACCUUAUUAAUAAAGCAUAUUAUUCCACCACUGAAUGUAUUCACGAUGGGUUUAGUAAUCUCUAAUUGUUAGUGAUUUGUUUAUUUAUUUAUUUGCUUGUUGUUAGUUGAUAUACGUUGUUUGUAAUCUCUACUAUAUAUUUUUAGACGAAUGUAAGCGCUUUUGCGUAGUAGCAUGUAAAAUAAAUAU